CUACCCCGGUGGGGAGAUCGCUCAAGCGUAGACUAGUUUAGACUUGCCCGAGAGACACAACGAGUUCGGCGCUAUGUCCGCCGCCACUCUUCUCGAACUAAAAAAGGUACAAAUUUAGUGGCUUGCACACUUUGACAAGCAAUAUACAGAAUGCCGGGGACUGAGCAUGGGAGUAAUAGCACAUCAAUUGGCGUCAUAAGCAAAAAGAUAGAGGAAAUUCUUGAUAGCCGUGAUGCGGCUUACCAUGGCUCCCCAUCUUCAUCCACUGAGCCCCUCACCUACGGCAUGCUUGUUGUUCUUGGAUACAAUGGAGCCCCUCCCCAAGGCAACCAAGAACGCAGGAAAAGCAGCUACUUGUUGCAAAAGAAGUCUCUAGCUUCGGGUGUUAAGCCAUUCAAGCAGCACCUGGCAUCUUCACAGACAGGCAUGCAGGUGGUACACUCCAACCAAGCCCAUAGUGUCUCUUACACUCUUGCUCGUGGCCCAUCUGUAGUGGUGGAGUAUUGUAGAGAUAACAAAACAGAUAUGUUUCAGAUUGGCAGGUCAUCUGACAGCAAAAUAGACUUUGUAGUAAUGGAUACAGUACCAGGAGUCAAGGACGGCGCAGUGCAGCCAAACCCUCAGAAGAGCACUAUAUCACGAUACGCCUGCCGUAUUACAGUCGACAGACAUCCACCGUACACUGCAAGGGUAUUUGCAGCUGGGUUUGACAAAUCAAACAAUAUAUUUCUAGGGGAGAAAGCUCCAAAGUGGAAGAACGAAGACGACAUGAUGGACGGCCUGACGACCAAUGGGGUGUUACUCAUGAAUCCACGGGGUGGACCAAACUGUCCGCCAGGGAUAUGGAGGGAAAUAUCCGUGUGUGGUCACGUGUAUGGAUUGCGUGACACUCGUUCUGCUCCUGAGAAAGGCAAGACGGUUCAGAAUGAGUCUAAUGUGUUGUUCGACGGAUCGCUCAUCGACUUGUGUGGAGCAGUACUUAUGUGGCGAUCUGCGGACGCGAUUCCCACCAUGCCAACUGAAGGGAUGAUCGACGCCAUGCGGCGAAGACUAAACAUGAUGCGCUUACAGUGUCCUGUUGGUCUCAAUACACUAGUAUUCUCCGGUGCUUCUCAGACGGCCGAGGCAUCACGGCAGCCGCAUGUGUACAUCAAAUGUGGUCAUGUCCAUGGUUUACACGGCUGGCAUGGACCGGACAGCAGUACAGACGUGACGGAAUCCCGGACGUGUCCGAUAUGUCUACAGGUUAGCAACUACGUGCCGCUUCAGAUAGGUAAGGAAAGGGCGUUCUUCGUGGGAGAGAUUGUCUCAAGUCAUGCCUUUGUGCCGUGUGGUCAUGUCUGCUCGGAGGAAACCGUCAGGUUCUGGUCCAAGAUCCCUAUCCCACAUGGUUGCGACGCGUUUCAGGCAAUCUGUCCCUUCUGUUCCUUACCCCUGGAGGGCGAGGAUGGAUUUGUCAAAUUAAUCUUCAGCACAGAACAAUAGGGAGCGAGUAUAGUAAAUAUUAGAUAUAUAAAUCUAAUAUAUAUAAAUAUUUAUUUGAUGUAAAAACACAAUGUCAUUUUUAAAGCUGCUUGAUAUAAAAACAACAUAAUUAAGUGCAAACACGAAAAUGUACCGAGUACCGAACACACAAACUCGCGUGGAAAACGAGAGUGCUGCGAAUGCUACUUCGAGAUACACCGAGUACAACAAGAAGACGCUCCGAAUGCAACACCGACGUCUUAGUACAACACGAAGAAUGAGACAAACAUGUUUCUAGAAGCAAUAAUUAAAAUCUUUGGAACUGGAGACCUAGUGGUAUGAAUGAGAAAAUAUACUGAAUCUUAAUUUAUAAAAAGAACUCAAUUUAUAGUGUAAAGGCUAUAAGAAGAAAUCCCUCUACCAGCUAUAAAACAGGCGAAUUCAAAGCCAAAACAUUUCUGAAUAAAGCAAAGUCUAAAUAAUUGAAUUUGUUAGGCUAAAUGCGAGCUAAUGUGUCAUGUUGUGAAUUUUGCACUGCUAGCUCUUGCGCUGGCCUAUGUGCACGAGCCAACACGCUAACGCAACGAAACAAAUUCUGUACUUUUAUGAACAGGUUUUUUCUCGCGUUAUCCCCAAUGUGUCUUUAUUUUGUUCUUAAAAAUUUGUCUGCGCGAUAACUCCGUUCUCAGUUGUCACAAAAUCUCAACUGAUCCGAUACUUACGACAAUUCAAGCAAAAAUAAAAACCUUAAACAGAGUAAUACAACUUUACACACAAUGAUACAAUUUGUGCGGCUCUGGUUCAGGCAAAAAAAAAAAAAAAGAAAACACGGAACACUGCCAGCUCAUGUGACCUGAAAUGACGCGAAACGCUUAGCAUCGCGAGGGAUUGGGGCUACUACCUAUAGCUACAUUCAGCAUUCGAUCGUUGAUCGAGACAAUUGCGUAUAAUAAGCUUUUUAACGAAGAAGGUACCUGGUAGUUAUUACUGACGACUAUCAAAUGGCGCGCUUAUCGUUUGAGAAGCUGAUAAUAAUCCAACGCAGUAUUUUAUUAGAUUUCGGCGGUCUAUUCCAAGGCAUUAACAACUGAAAUGAGCCAUAUGUGUAAUCGCAGAAGGCAAUGAAAUAGUGUGUGAAGCGUCGAGCUCAAGGUGGCUGCAAUAAACCCAUGAAAAAAUACAGGAUUAAAUUAUAGUAAUGAAAAUAGCUUAUGAAUGUGUCGUAGGAUGUAGGAGACAGAUUUUAUUUCUAAAAAUUCUAAGAUGACAUAUACCUUUAAUGCUCUUGCUUGGAAAUUUUCUUGUGCCGUGCAUACAAAAACGGCGACAAAUGUUUGCUUGAUUAUAAAAGCUAUUUUAGUCCCAUCGCGUUUCCUUAACAGGAAAUGUUUUACAGGAAACUGUAAUUUUACUGUAGAAAGUAAGAUUGGAUUGUGAAUUAUAAAAAGAAAUAAACAAGACAUGAAAGCUUGGA